CCGGUCGGAUCGGGUCGAAUUCCAUAGAAGUGGGGUGAACUGGUAUUCGUAUAUAUCCGGGCUUGUCUGUGAGUUGUGAGCGAAUCCAGAGGGAGAGGAAGAGAGAUGCAAGGUGUUGGUGGUGGAAUUGGAGGGCUGAGACGUUGUUGGGCUCAAUGGAGUCGAGCAGGUUGCUUAAACAGCAGCAGCAAAAGAGGGGCAACUGUGCUAGGGUUUAUGGGAGGAGCUAGGGUUUUCUCGCUAUCAGCAGCUGCAGCUUCCUCGCCCUCCUCUUUAUUGGAAAAGGAGGAGGUCACUUCUCGCAUUAUCCAUCUCCUCAAAUCCACCCCUUUUAUUGAUCCCUCCAAGGUUAGUCCAACAGCUAGUUUCAAGAAUGACUUACAACUAGAUAUGUUAGACAACGUGGAAGUAAUGAUGGCUGUGGAAGAAGAAUUUGCGGUUGACAUCCCUGACACUGAAGCAAACAAAAUUUCAACCGCAGCUCAUCUCAUAGACUAUAUCUCAACCCAUCCACAAGCCAAAUGAGAAUUGGAAAUGUUUGCAGGUGAAGUCUUAUUUUCAAUAUUGUUAUGUUUUAAUGCCUGUCAUGUUCAUCAAUAGUUUGUAAUAAUUUUCUUGUGGGCAUUUUAAGACACCUUUGCCACAUUUUUAUGUCUCCCAAAAUUCGAGCACCGUCCUUUGGAUCUCAUGACUAUGUUUGUGAAAGUCAAAUAUGGUUAUUUUCUUACUGCUUUGAUGUGAACUUGGAAAAUUUCCCCAAUGAAUUAAUAAAUUGUGGUCCUUACCAAAGGGGUGGAUAAUGAAGCAACAAGAAGAAUGGUGGACCAUGGAUGUACUUUUGGUAA